AUGUCACUCCUUUACAUCAUUCUUCUAUUCACACAAUUCUUACUACUGCCAACCGAUGCCUUUGAUAGGUCUGCUAACACAAAUAUUGCUGUUUAUUGGGGUCAAAACUCAGCAGGAACGCAAGAAUCCUUAGCUACUUACUGUGAAUCUUCUGAUGCUGAUAUUUUCCUAUUAUCUUUCUUGAACCAAUUUCCAACCCUUGGUUUGAACUUUGCCAACGCAUGCUCUGAUACUUUUUCUGAUGGCUUACUUCACUGCACCCAGAUUGCUGAAGAUAUUGAAACUUGCCAGUCCCUAGGAAAGAAAGUUCUAUUAUCAUUAGGUGGUGCAUCUGGUAGCUACCUCUUUUCAGAUGAUUCUCAAGCGGAAACUUUUGCACAAACUUUAUGGGAUACUUUCGGUGAAGGUACAGGUGCCAGUGAGAGACCAUUUGACUCAGCAGUCGUUGAUGGUUUUGAUUUUGAUAUUGAAAACAACAACGAAGUAGGCUAUAGUGCGUUAGCUACCAAGUUAAGAACUUUGUUUGCCGAAGGUACAAAGCAAUAUUACCUUUCUGCCGCACCACAAUGUCCAUACCCGGAUGCUUCUGUUGGUGACUUGUUGGAAAAUGCAGACAUUGAUUUUGCGUUCAUCCAAUUUUACAAUAAUUACUGCAGUGUGAGUGGUCAAUUCAAUUGGGAUACUUGGUUAACCUAUGCUCAAACUGUAUCCCCAAAUAAAAAUAUCAAACUGUUCUUAGGUUUACCUGGUUCUGCUUCUGCUGCUGGCUCUGGUUAUAUUUCUGACACUUCUUUAUUGGAAUCAACUAUUGCAGAUAUUGCCUCUUCAAGUUCUUUUGGUGGUAUUGCGUUAUGGGAUGCAUCUCAAGCCUUUUCCAACGAGCUAAAUGGUGAACCAUAUGUUGAGAUUUUGAAGAAUUUGCUAACAAGUGCUAGCCAGACCGCCACUACUACAGUUGCCACCUCAAAAACCUCAGCAGCCUCAACUUCAUCUGCUUCAACUUCAUCUGCUUCAACUUCUCAGAAAAAGACCACACAAUCUACGACAUCUACACAAAGUAAAAGCAAAGUUACUUUAUCUCCAACUGCAAGCAGCGCUAUCAAAACAUCAAUUACUCAAACUACAAAAACAUUGACGAGUAGCACCAAGACAAAAUCUAGUCUAGGUACCACCACAACAGAGAGCACUUUAAAUUCAGUUGCUAUCACAAGUAUGAAAACUACUCUAUCUUCCCAAAUAACCAGUGCUGCCUUGGUGACCCCUCAAACAACUACUACUAGCAUAGUUUCUUCGGCCCCAAUUCAAACAGCUAUCACUAGUACUCUUUCGCCAGCAACGAAGAGUUCUUCUGUCGUUUCCCUACAGACAGCUACUACUAGUACGCUUUCCCCAACAACGACCAGUACAAGCUCAGGUAGUACAAGCUCAGGUAGUACAAGCUCAGACAGUACAGCUCGUACAUUGGCUAAAGAAUUGAAUGCUCAAUAUGCGGCUGGUAAAUUGAACGGUAAAUCUACCUGUACUGAAGGUGAAAUUGCAUGCUCUGCUGAUGGGAAGUUCGCCGUUUGUGAUCAUAGCGCUUGGGUUUACAUGGAAUGUGCUUCUGGAACCACAUGUUAUGCUUAUGACUCCGGCGACUCAGUCUAUACCCAAUGUAAUUUCUCUUAUUUGGAAAGCAAUUACUUUUAA